CGCGGUCUCCGCCACGGCGGCCGCCCAGGAGCUGGGGGAGGACGGUGGCCCGCGAGGCUCGCCGCAGACAACGCGGCGGCGAUGUCCCCGAGCCAGGCGGGUGCCGCGGCGGCAGCGGCGGGCCCUCGCGCGCGGCCAGGCGGCCUGGGCUUCGGCCUCCCUCCGGUUCCUAGGACGCGGGCCGGCGGCCAGCGCGGGAGCAGCGGCAGCAGGAGCGAAGGCUGCGGCGCGUCUCUCUCCUCCCGAGCAGCCUAAGCCCCGGGAGGCCAGGCGGACGGGGUGGUGGCUGGCGGGGGUCCGCUGCCCGAGAAUGGGAAUUCUCUUCACCAGGAUAUGGAGACUGUUCAAUCACCAGGAGCACAAAGUUAUCAUUGUUGGGCUGGAUAAUGCAGGGAAAACUACCAUCCUUUACCAAUUUUCUAUGAAUGAAGUUGUACAUACAUCCCCUACAAUAGGAAGUAAUGUAGAAGAGAUAGUGAUUAAUAAUACACGAUUUCUAAUGUGGGAUAUUGGUGGCCAAGAAUCUCUUCGCUCUUCCUGGAACACUUACUAUACUAACACAGAGUUUGUAAUAGUUGUUGUGGACAGUACAGACAGAGAAAGGAUUUCUGUAACUAGAGAAGAACUCUAUAAGAUGUUAGCCCAUGAGGAUCUAAGGAAAGCUGGAUUGCUGAUUUUUGCUAAUAAACAAGAUGUUAAAGAAUGCAUGACUGUAGCAGAAAUCUCCCAGUUUUUGAAACUAACUUCUAUUAAAGAUCACCAGUGGCAUAUCCAGGCAUGCUGUGCUCUCACUGGCGAGGGAUUAUGCCAAGGACUGGAAUGGAUGAUGUCACGACUUAAACUUAGAUGAUCUCUACUGACUUAUUCUCAUAGACUUUAUAUAAACGAAGUGCUGGACUUUACCUGAAAGCUCCAAAAAUUAAUGGUUCGGAUAUAUUUAUAGUAAACUGAUUUAAACUUUUUCUAUAAGAAGAAAAAUUAAGACCACUUAUUUGAAAACGAAGAUGAAGCCUCACCUUCCAAUUGCUUUCUCAUUAGUUUCUUCCAAAGCCAGGUCUUAAAGCUGUGAUUGACAUUUUUCUCCUAAUGAAUCCUCUCAAGACAUUGUAUAGCCUGUGGUAAGUACAAAAGGAGAGGAAGACAUUUUUUAAAACUUUAAGAGCUUUAUUAUCAGUAUAACCCUCUUUUGUUGAAUGUUCUCUUUUUGUUCCAUUAAGUCAAAAUAUAAAUCAGCACAGAUAUUCAGUUUCUGGUAUUUUAAAAUGUAAUGUUACUAAUGAAAAGUAUUUUGCAUUUGUGUAUGUAUUGUGUAUAUACCUCAACCUCAAGUUAAUGGCUUUGAUUUAUGUUCUAAAGAAAAGUGAAUAACAAAAAUUAAUAAUAUUCUUAAGUAUAACAAUAAUGAAAUGAAUACUGGCAUUGGUUUAAGUGCCAAUUUGUACUUUUCCCCUAUGCUCUCUGCAUUGUACUAAUCAACCCCCAAAAUCAUUGAGCUGCUCUUUAAAAAAAGAAAGAAAAAAAGUUUGACAUUGGAUACCUAUGUUUUGUUGUUCUUCAAAUCACAUACAUACAAACAUGUAAUCCAGUGAGUGGAAUAUCUAUCAAGUUCUUAGAAUUACUAAUGGGCACAAUUGCACAUUGAGCAGUUAUCUGAUUGUUCCCUUUAUGAGACCGUAUGCCAUCUAAAUUACUGAGUAAAUUGUUAAUCCAUUAAUCAAUUAUUAACUGUGAUUAAAAUUACCAACUGAUUUUCAGCAUUAAUGGAAAACUGUUGUGUGAAAUGUCUAUCCAGAGAAGUGUCACCUUAUAAAUAUUAUCAAAUAAUUUAGCUAGAUUCUUCUUAAGUAUUAAAUUAUUUGUCAAGCAUUUAAAGUGAAUUUGAAAUGAAAAGUAAAGCAUAUUUUCCAAGCAACAAAGAUAAAUUAUUAAUUUGAACAUUUUUAAUUCUUAACUUUUGAAAUAGUUUGAGAUUUUUUAUUUCUAUGUUUUCUUUUAUCUUCUUAUAACACAUGAAUGUAUCAUUUGGCAAGUAUAAAAUACAAAUUUUUUUAGUGCUUUUAAGAAUUUGUUUUAAAAAUUGAUCAACAUAAUGCAUUAUUUUUUCUAAGAAAUAACUUGCCCCAAAACACCUUCUAUGUUCAUGUAGGUUUUUGUUUUUUUUUUCAAUAUCUGAAAAGUCACAAGUAUUUCUGUUGUAACUGUAAACACUUACCUAACUAAAUGUGUUCAGAUAUAUUCUUGAAUAUGCAGUCCCUGAAAAUCUGAACAGUAAUCCAAGCUGGCAUGUUUUAGAAUAUUCAAGAAAAAAAAUAAUUCCUUUUAAUACCAGCCUUUUAGAUUUUGUGAAGAUUUUGAUGAGGGAUAAAAGUAUAUACUGUAAGCAUUGACAAAACUUUAGAAGUUCCUUUCUACAAAAUUAAAAUGUUCACUAUCUAAGUUCAACUUGGGCAUAGGAGAUGAUCAGUGUUUAAUGUUGAAUGUUUUGUGUUUUAUAUUUAUAUUAUAAUGUUCAAAAUGCAAGUAUAAUAUUUUAUUAUUUGUCAACUUUUACAAAAGUAAAUUCUAAAUUACUAAGCUUUAUUUGUUCAUAUGUUCUCAUACUUUUUUCAAAUAACUAUAAGGAAUUACUUGUUAUAUAUUAAAAACUCCUUUAAAACCCAAAUAUAUAUUGUAGGUAUUGCAGUUUCAUCAGAGAAAAAUAUUCUAUACAGUAGCCCAACAAAUCCACACCUUUUAUCCUUUUUAUUUAUUUUUUUGUUUGUUUUUUGUUAAUUCUCCCCCAAGGAUAUUUUUCUAUUGAUUUUUAGGGAAAGUAGGAGAGGGAAAGACAGAGAGAACCAUCAGUGUAAGAGAAACACAUUGAUUGGUUGCCUCCUGCCUGGGCCCUGACCAGGGCCUGGGCUGGGGAGGAACCUACAACCAAGUACCUGCCCUUGAUCGGAACUGAACUCGGGACCCUUCAGUCCGCUAGCUGACGCUCCAUCCACUGAGCUAGGGCUAUCCUUUUUAUUUUUUAAUGUGAAAAACCAUGUUCACUCUCUUGGAUUGCAGCCACAUCAGUUCAACAAUAUACCAGCACAUUCCCUUGUCAUCAAGGUGUUGGCUAAAAUUUAUUCUAAUGGGGUGUUUAAAGCGUACACUACAUUGUUGCAGAUGGUUUAGCGUAAAAGAUUAUUGACAUGGCAUCAUGAGAAUGCAUGAAAUCUUAUACCACAUUUGCAAAACAUGAUUUUUUGUUAUGUUAUACUAUUCUAGGCUAAGCAUUGGAAAUGUGUUACCUAUAUACUUGUACAUAAAACCAAAAUUAAAAUUCAUGUAUGAAAAUGCAUCAAAAUCAUUUUAACAGUGUUAAUUUUAAGAUGGAGAGCAUAUUGGCAGUUUAUAUGUAGUUUAAGUGGACUUAAGCAAAGGGCAAUGCUUUUGGUUUUAAUACGCUACUCUUGGCUAUAAUCAAACAUUUUAUUUUGUGCUCAACUUUGAAAAGAACAAAGCUUCAUACCUCAGUACAUGUGGCUGGAUUUAAAUAUCCCAUGUUUGCUACUAAUUUUGAAAGUCAUAUGACUUCUCUUGAUAUCUUGGUACAAUAGCCAUAUGGUAUAAGCAUUUAAAUAAGUUAAAUUUUGCCAUACUAGCAUUUAUAAAAUAUACCUUACACAGUAUAUUGAGUUGUUUGAAAUUUUCAGUUCUAUCUUCUUUGGCUCUCACAAUGGGCAAAGAAUACAACGAAGGCAGGUAAUUUGGGGGCCAGGGGGAAGUUGGUAGGGAACAUGACAUUUUGCCUUAAGAAUAAAAAAUGCCAGUCAGCUUUAGCACUGUUGACUGGCAUUUUUAAUGCAGGUAAAGUGAUUUUUAGAAGUGUAGCACGCAAUAGAAGAGUUUCUGGUAUUUAAAAAGUGCCUCGUAGGUAGUUACAGUGAUAUCACAGAGGAGAGUCAGGAAGUCCCUGAGAUAUUCUUUUCACUUUUUGUCUGAGUGUAUAGUAUUAAGAUGCCUAGAGGUGGGAUUCUAUUAUACCCUCUGUUACAGGCACUUUACAUUUAUUGCUGUGACUACAGCAACCACAUACAGUACAGACAACCUCGAAAUCUGUUUAUAUUAGUGUAAAUAGAAAAACUAGACAAUUUUCUAGUUUUCUCUGCAGGCAUUUUUGGGAAUAUAUCUGUAGUGCGUUCUGCUUUGUAUAUAGGGGACAGCAGCACAUCCCAGAUUAUCUAUGGGCUUUGGGGUCAUUGUCUCUCAGUUGCCCAGUUGUAUUUUGGCAUCGAUCCAUCUUUCACAGCGGGGUAGAGACAGGUUUCUUUGCAUGACUUAACUUUGAUCCCUCCCACUGUCUAAAUAUAAUCUGGAACUUCUUGCUUCAGGAUCAGCUUUCUCACAACUCAGCCAUCCCUUGCUCUCUGGUAUCUUGAUUCACCAACAAAGAUAUGUUAUCUGUCCUGGAGGUAUUCUAAAAUUCCCUGUAUCCAUUGUUCCCCAAACCACUAGUGUCUAAGUAGGUUCUCUAGUUCUUUGCUAUCCUCUCACAACUGGCUUGAUUCAUAGAUUGGUCUUUGCUCGUUAGAAAGUAUUGUCAGACUUGUCAGUAUUGUCAGAGCAAUACUGGCUUGCUGUGUAUUCAGCAUACAAAUGCCAUAGUAGAGUUUUUAAAAUUAUCCCGUAUUUAACAUUUUAAUGCUUCUUAAUUUUAGCUUCACAUGCUGAAAAGUAGAUUCAGAAAGAUAAGAGAACUAUCUUUCUGACUCUGCCAGCUCCUUGACCUAAAAAGUUAGAUAUGGAAAGAAUUACAUGAUAUGAAUAUUGUUUUCCCAUUACCAAAAAUGGGUCCCAUUUUGGAGAGUACCAGUACAAAUAGUUUCAGUUGGGAAAAUAUGUCAAGCCAAAUUUAUGAAUAGUGUUUAACCUGAAGACAUCUUUACAUCCAUAAAACCACAGGCCACAUUUCGUUUUUUUCCUUGUGUUUACUUAAAAAAGAUAAACAUUAGUUGCCUAAAGGAAUUAGUAAUGAGAAAUUUAUCUUUACAAAAUAAACCUGUUGAAAUGGGCUUUAAAAGAUAUAAAAAUCAUCAACUGUCAUGUGCUGACUCUGUGUAGAUACAGACAUAAUAUAGAAAACACUUUUUUCAAGUUCUGCUUAUACAAAAAUAAAACUUCAGUAUCAUGCUCCCUCAAAGGAUGUGUGAUAAUUUUAAGAUCUAGUGAAGUAAAGAAAGACCAUUUUAAAACUUUGGAUGCUAAAAAGUAACCGCUUCUAUUAAACCCUAAAAUUGUGUGUGGGAUUGUAAAGAAAUUGUACCAGGAUACAGAUGGGUUAAUUAUGCAGUAUUUCUUAUCAGUUGUCUAGCCCUGUAUGUUCUAAAAGCUAAAGCUUCAAUCUUUAUGGUCUUGCCUGCUAGGUAGUUUUUUGGUAGAAAAUCCCCAUAGUCUGUACUCAAGUGCCUAACAGUGAUUCGUGUUGAUUUGUAAGUCCUCUAAUAAUUGUGGGGGUGUGCUUGGCUUACUGAUGACACAGCCCUGAGAGUUUCUGAUUCUCAAUUUGUGCUUUAUUUGAGUAAAAAGCCUUGAAAUUAAAAAGACCCAUCAUAACCUUCAACAAACCAGUUUAAGGAAACAUGAGUGAACCCAUUUUUUCUCUUUCCUAAUGCAAGUAUUUUGUGACCCUGAUGUUAAUGUGGGAACUAGAAAACAACUCUAUUUCAGUUUUUAAAAAUUGUUUAACACACAGAAAAUUAAAUUGUGUUGUAAAACCUUAGUAAAAGUUGGUUGCUUUUCUAAGAGUAGCCUCUUAAUUCUCAUAUUCAGUGUUUAGCAGUUUUGAGUCAUACAUAUCAUUUAGAUCUUAAGCCAUAUUGUGUGUGGACACCAAAAUCCUCCUUCUGUUUAGAUUCUACUUAGAAACCAGAGUUUUUGAAGCACCCUUUUAUGGUUUUCAUACAUUGUUUCUAUUUCUUUUUUUCUUUUUUUCAUUGAGUAUGACUGUAAAGUCUAGGGGCAAAGACUUGACUGUAUUUUCAGUAAGUUACAAUUACAUUGUGUUCAUAUUUUAAAUCAUCUUGCAUGGAAAAUGAAAUAUGCGUAUGAUUUUAAAUUACUGAAAUGUAUACUCUCUUAUCUUCCCCCAAACUUCUAACGUCGGCGAUAUACAGAAUUUCUCUAUUAAUUUUUGCUUGAAACUAGUUCUAUAGAUUCAAAUAGCCUUUUCUUACAUUGUGUUCCUUGAGGUAAGGUGAUACCUGCAGAGCACUUUUAAAGAUAUUUUCUGGGUGAAUGUUCAACAUAACACAUUGUGGGGGAAAGUAUAAUCAUGUCUAGUGAGGGCUUUUUUUGGUUGAUAGAGAUGAAAAAAUGUAUACUAAUUUUUAUCUGUGCUUAAAAUACAUUUUACUAAUUAUAUUGAUUUUAAAUAUGACAAAUUCUUAUAGAUAUUAAUCGCCCUUAUUGUAUUUUCCUGGUGAAACCUAUAUGAAAAUGUGUUCCAGCUAGUCUCUUUGUAUAACUGCCCCUGUCCAGUUGAGCUCUAUGUAUAUCAACAUAAUUGAAAUCGCAUUUAAUAUAACAAACUAGAAAACCUUUUGAAAAUGUUUAGGUUUGUUUUAUUUGAAUUUCUAAUAUGGUAGAAGGUUUUGAUUCAAAAAUUGUAUGAAAGAAGAGGCAGAAAAUGUAUCUUGUCUAUUAUUUUAUGAACUUGUAUUUCUCUGUGUUCUAGGGAAGAUUUUACACUCAGGAAUGAUGCAAAAAGUGAUGCUCUUAGAGCAUUUGGGUGCUUUCAUGUUUUUUCAGUGCUGAUGUGGUAGGUACCUAGGGAGAUGAUGCUUCAGGGCUUCUUGAUAAGAACUUCCUGAAUGGUUGGGGGUAUUUAUGAUUGCGCUCAGGAUGGGAGGGAGUGGUGGAUUGGAGUAGGGACCUCUCCAUUGGUAAAGCAGUACAAUCAAUUCUUUGCAAGUGUGUUACUUCAUUAUACUUCUGACAACAUUCUUGUGUUCAUAACUUACUGAAAUGUUCAACUACGGAAAUGUAAGGCAUUGGGUCAGGUGACCAGUACUAGGACCUUGUUCAUAAUGAAAUAAAGGAAUGAUACCAAGAUAUAUUUCGGGGAAAAUGACAAGAUUUUACUGGAGAAUUUCCAUGUUUAAUAUGUACAUUAACUUUUUUUAAAAGUUGCAUGUUAACCUGGGAUACAGUAUUGUCUCUAUGCUUUACUGAGUAAAAAGAAAGAAGAUUUGAGUUAAGUUGUUACUCUGUUAUGUACUAUUACAUACACCUUUUCUUUUAGAAAGGGCUAAUUAUAAUUACUAUUCACACA